AUGGAGCCGGGGUCAGGGACCGGGGCACGGGAGACAGGCUUCAGGACCGCGGAGCGCACAGGGGCUGUGAGGCUCUCCGCUGGCUGGAGUGAAGGCGAGCAGUCAGCCGCCUGCUGCCGGGGCCGGGCCGAGGCGCUCACAAGCGGUGGUGCGGAGAGUCCCUCCGCACGCGCUCAGCCCUUCACGCCGCCCGAAAAGUAUCCCGGCGGCCGAGCAACCUCCGGGAACCCGGCACCCUACGGCCAGGCCUGCCCUCCCACCGGGCCUCUGGCCUUUCCCACCACCGCCUUCGGUGGCUGCAAAGGCAACGCCCCAUACGGCGGCGAGGCUGGGGGCCACGGGUCCGCCGGGCCGGGAAAGUACUCCCCGGGGCAGGGUGUCCGGAACAGCACCGGACCAACAGGCGACGCCAUCCGCCCCCACCGCUGGGGGCGCAAGACGAUGGCGGGCCGGGGAGUGGAGGGCUGUGGAAUCCGAUGCGCGAACAUUCUGUGUCCUCUUCGCCUCGCUUUCCGGCCAUUUCUUUCCCCUUGCCUCAAGCUUCGCUGCACGCCUACUGUGCGCCGUGUGGGGGCACCGCACGGGACGCCGCUCUUUCGGGUCCGGCGGCGGCGGCGGCGGUCGGGAGAGCCUCGCGGGGCGGCCGGCGUGGCGCGUGCGCCCGGCUCGCAGGGGCCCCGCGCGUUCCCUGGGGCGCGCGCGCUUUCCCGCGCCGGCCGAGCGGCGCACUCGCGGGCGCCCGCGUGCCCGGAGCCCCGGCUCCCGCGCGCCUCGGCGCCGCCGUCUGAGCGGCGGGCGCGCGAGGCCCCGGGGCCGCGGCUGGAGACGGAGAGCCGGGCGGAGGGCGCGGCCCGGGGACAGCCGGCGUGCCGCCGCUUGCCAGGUAUGGAGGUGGCCCGGCCUCGGGCCGCCGACUCGUUCCCGUGCGGCCCGGCGGCCAGACGGGGCGACCGAGCGAGGUCUGUCCGGUGGCCCGGCCGCGCCGGCGUCCUGGCGCCCGGGCCGCCGACCCCCCAAUUCCGUUUCUCCGGAAAGCGGCGCCGGGGGCGUCAGGGCUCUGGAGCCCCCCCCGAGCCCCGGCUAACUUUAUCUGUAGGGGGGCAUCCCACCACCUUCCUGGUGGACACAGGAGCUCAGCACUCGGUCCUAACCAAGGCAAACGGGCCUCUGUCCUCUCGUACCUCUUGGGUUCAAGGAGCGACAGGAAGAAAAAUUCACAAAUGGACUAACUACCGUACGGUUGAUUUAGGGCAAGGGACAGUGACACACUCUUUUCUGGUAGUACCCGAAUGCCCAUACCCCCUUUUAGGACGAGACCUCCUAACCAAGCUUGGAGUUCAGAUCCAUUUCUCCAAAGCGGGGGCCCAAGUGCUAAACCGGGAUGGCCAGCCUAUCCAAGUCUUAACUGUGUCCUUACAAGACGAACACAGACUUUUUGAAACCCCGGUCACCACUAACCUCCUCGAAGCCUGGCUGCAGGACUUUCCCCAGGCCUGGGCAGAAACGGGAGGGCUUGGUCGAGCCAAAUGCCAGGCCCCAAUCAUAAUUGACCUAAAGCCCACGGCAAUGCCUGUAUCUAUCAGGCAGUAUCCCAUGAGCAAGGAGGCUCAUAUGGGCAUUCAGCCACACAUUACCAGAUUUCUAGAGCUUGGGGUCCUGCGACCUUGCCGCUCACCUUGGAAUACCCCUCUCUUACCAGUGAAAAAACCUGGUACUCGAGACUACAGGCCUGUCCAAGACUUAAGGGAGGUCAACAAAAGGACUAUGGAUAUCCAUCCUACGGUCCCCAAUCCCUAUAACUUGCUCAGCACCCUGAGCCCAGACCGUACCUGGUACACAGUACUGGACCUAAAAGAUGCAUUCUUUUGUUUACCCUUGGCCCCCCAGAGCCAAGAACUGUUUGCUUUCGAAUGGAGGGACCCUAAAAGAGGAAUCUCAGGCCAAUUAACCUGGACCCGCUUACCCCAAGGGUUCAAAAACUCCCCCACUCUCUUUGAUGAGGCUCUUCACAGGGACCUAACUGACUUCCGGACUCAACAUCCAGAAGUAACACUACUCCAAUAUGUGGAUGACCUUCUUCUGGCCGCCCCCACAAAAGAAGCCUGCAUACUAGGUACCAGACAUCUGCUCCGGGAAUUAGGAGAAAAAGGAUACCGGGCAUCCGCCAAGAAGGCCCGGAUUUGCCAAACCAAGGUAACCUACCUGGGGUACAUACUGAGUGAGGGGAAAAGAUGGCUCACCCCUGGGCGAAUAGAAACUGUGGCUCGCAUUCCGCCGCCCCAGAACCCCAGAGAGGUACGUGAAUUCCUGGGAACUGCUGGGUUCUGUCGCUUAUGGAUACCUGGGUUCGCUGAGCUAGCCGCCCCCCUCUAUGCCCUCACGAAAGAGAGUGCACCCUUCACCUGGCAGGAAAAACAUCAGUCAGCCUUUGAGGCCCUAAAAGAGGCCCUCCUCUCCGCCCCGGCUCUCGGGUUGCCAGACACCUCCAAGCCCUUUACCCUUUUCAUAGACGAGAAACAAGGAAUUGCCAAAGGAGUUCUAACCCAAAAAUUAGGGCCCUGGAAGAGGCCAGUAGCAUACCUGUCCAAAAAGUUGGACCCUGUGGCAGCGGGGUGGCCCCCAUGUCUUCGUAUCAUGGCAGCCACUGCUAUGCUGGUCAAGGACUCUGCCAAAUUAACCCUUGGACAGCCACUAACUGUUAUCACCCCGCAUGCUUUAGAGGCCGUAGUGCGGCAGCCACCGGACCGAUGGAUAACCAACGCACGCCUAACUCACUACCAGGCCCUCCUACUGGACACAGACCGCAUCCAAUUUGGACCUCCGGUUACCUUGAACCCUGCCACGUUGCUACCGGCACCGGAAGACCAACAGAGCGCACACGAUUGCCGGCAAGUACUGGCUGAGACCCAUGGGACACGGGAAGAUCUUAAAGAUCAAGAGCUCCCAGAUGCGGAUCACUCUUGGUAUACGGACGGGAGCAGUUACAUCGACUCAGGUACCCGGAGGGCGGGAGCAGCGGUAGUAGAUGGCCACCACAUCAUAUGGGCACAAUCACUACCUCCUGGCACGUCUGCCCAAAAGGCUGAGCUGAUAGCGCUCACCAAGGCCCUAGAGCUAUCCGAAGGGAAAAAGGCUAACAUAUACACAGAUAGCCGAUAUGCCUUUGCAACGGCUCAUACACAUGGGAGUAUUUAUGAAAGAAGGGGCCUACUAACCUCAGAAGGAAAAGAAAUUAAAAACAAAGCUGAAAUCAUUGCAUUAUUAAAGGCCCUUUUUCUUCCUCGAAGAGUAGCCAUAAUUCAUUGCCCCGGGCAUCAGAAAGGACAAGGCCCAAUUGCAACAGGAAAUAGACAGGCAGACCAAGUAGCCAGGCAAGUCGCUGCCAUAGGGGCUGUACUGAAUCAGGACACUAAAGACUGGGAAAAAGAAGGAAAGAUAGUCCUUCCCCGAAAGGAAGCCCUGGCAAUGAUCCAACAAAUGCACGCCUGGACACAUUUAAGUAAUCAGAAGCUGAAGUCACUGAUUGAAAAAACUGACUUCUUAAUCCCUAAGGCAGGCACCCUCAUAGAACAGGUGACCUCCGCCUGUAAGGUCUGUCAACAGGUAAACGCUGGGGCUACCCGAGUGCCAGAAGGAAAACGGACUCGUGGUAACCGCCCAGGAGUCUAUUGGGAAAUAGACUUUACUGAAGUAAAGCCUCACUAUGCGGGGUAUAAGUACUUAUUAGUGUUUGUAGACACCUUUUCAGGAUGGGUAGAAGCCUACCCCACCCGACAAGAAACGGCACACGUGGUAGCCAAGAAGAUUUUAGAAGAAAUCUUCCCCAGAUUUGGACUUCCCAAGGUAAUCGGGUCAGAUAACGGGCCGGCCUUCGUUUCCCAGGUAAGUCAGGGGCUCGCCAGGACACUGGGGAUUAAUUGGAAAUUACACUGUGCAUAUAGGCCCCAGAGCUCAGGACAGGUAGAAAGAAUGAAUAGAACAAUAAAAGAGACCCUUACUAAAUUGACCUUAGAGACUGGCUUAAAAGAUUGGAGACGCCUCCUAUCUCUGGCCUUGUUAAGAGCCAGAAAUACACCCAACCGUUUCGGGCUCACCCCAUAUGAAAUCCUUUAUGGGGGACCCCCCCCUUUUUCCCGACUAAAAGGGCUGCAAGCGGUGCAGGCCCAAAUCUGGACACCCCUGGCCGAACUGUAUCGGCCAGGACAUCCACAAACUAGCCACCCAUUUCAGGUAGGAGACUCCGUGUAAGUCCGGCGGCACCGCUCUCAAGGAUUGGAGCCUCGUUGGAAGGGACCUUACAUCGUCCUGCUGACCACGCCCACCGCCAUAAAGGUUGACGGGAUUGCCGCCUGGAUUCACGCAUCGCACGCCAAAGCAGCCCCAAAAACCCCUGGACCAGAAACUCCCAAAACCUGGAAGCUCCACCGUUCGGAGAACCCUCUUAAGAUAAGACUCUCCCGUGUCUGACUGCUAAUCCACCCUGUCCCUGCACGAACCCAAAUUGAAACCCCCAGCAGGAA